GGACUUUACUGUCAAGUGCACUGACUAUUUGUAGGCAAACUCAGCAGCCUUCCCCAUCACCCUUCCUCACACCCUCCUCUACACCCCCCCUCCUCCACUCCCCACCCCCCACUCUGCGCUGGAGAGUCACGCUUCAGUGUCAGCUGAAAUCUGGGGGUUCCUGAGCCAGAGGCCAGAGUCGCUGACUAAGCCAAGCUCUCAUUAUCACACAGUCUGAAGGUGUUUCCUGAGCUAAUAAACACUAAUGAGCUUUACCAGUCAGCGUCUCGUGAGGAAUUUUGGCCUCUUUUACAUCCUCCCCCACCCUCUGCUCCCGAGGCUCCGGCUGGUCUCAAUCCUUCCUUGGCUCCAACCAUUUCCUCCCAGAGUCAGUGUCUGGGCUGAUCGGAACCCACAGCGAAAGCAGUCAGAGAGGGAGACACACACAAAGAGAGAGAACGACAGAGAGAGAGAGCAAGAACACAGUGAGCUUGGAGUGAGUGAGUGAGUGAGUGAGGAAGAACGUGUUGGCCAGACCUCACUGUGGCUGGUGUUCAGACAGACACCCGACCCCCUCAUUGCCGACGCUGGGGGCUGAUGAUGGCUGUGUGUUUGGCGACGGUGCCUCUGAUAUUCCUGGUCUGCGUCUCAGCCGAUUUGGGGAACAACAAACUUUCGGAAUUCUGUGCCGGGCACCCAGGAAUUCCAGGAUCUCCAGGGAACAAUGGGAUGGCAGGAACGCCAGGCCGGGAUGGCAGAGAAGGCAGAGAUGGAUUUCCGGGUGCAAAUGGGGAAAAGGGUGACCAGGGAGAGCGAGGUUACACGGGGCCGGCAGGAACGCCAGGCAAUGUGGGGAUGCGGGGGGAGCGAGGGGAGAAGGGGGUGAAAGGAGAGAGCCUGGUAACCUAUCACUCCGCCUUCAGCGCCAAGCGUGCGGACGCCAGCAGCUUCCCUCCCACUGACCAGCCCGUCCUGUUUGACACGGUGACCCAGAACGAGCAGGGACACUACAGCCCACUCACCGGCAAGUUCACCUGUGCCGUCCCCGGAGUCUACUACUUUGUGGUUCACGCCACCGUUUACCGGAUCAGCCUGCAGUUCGACAUCAUGAAGAACGGCCAAUCUGUCGCCUCCUUCUUCCAGUUUUAUGGUAACUGGACCAAGCCGGUGUCACUGUCGGGCGGCUCGCUGGUACACCUGGAGCCCGAGGACCAGGUGUGGGUACAGGUGGCCGUGCCAGACUUCAGCGGCAUGUACGCCAGCCCCAAGACUGACAGCACCUUCACUGGCUUCCUGGUGUACUCUGACUGGCACAGCCCUGCCUUCCUGGGGUGAGUGAGGAGCCCCUUCCCCCCUUCCCAUCUCCCCUCUCCUCCCUCCUCCCCCUCUCACCCUCCAUGUCACACCCACUCUCCCCCCACAGCUGGCACCAGUGGAAUCUUCUCUCCUUCAGCUGAGCCAGGAACGAGCCACACCGAAUAUUCCCUCUGUAAAUAGUAACCAAUUCCACAUCACGACUUCACCCGUUGCACACACAAACACUAACACCCACACACACU